GUUGCGUCGUCUUCCUUCGAGCUAAUAUUGAUUGUAAUAAAAGGAUUACGAUUCUACUUCCGAUUGAUAAUCAAGUUCAAAAGACCGUUUGGCAUGUUUAAUCCAGAUUUUACGGAUGUUCCCCUAGUAUGGGAGCCAAAGGAGGAAAAUGGGAAACAAAUGAAGAAGUUAAGGAAAAUCAUUGAGGAUAAAUACGAUGUAAAAUUCAAUGAUUAUAGAGAAUUUCACAAAUGGUCUACAGAUAAUCUCUCUGAGUUUUGGGAAGAAUUCUGGGAUUACCUUGGGAUGAUUUCUUCAAAACGAUUUCAUAAAGUAAUUGAUCCGAAAGUGCCCAUAAGUGAAUCACCAAAAUGGUACGAAGGAGCAUUGUUGAACUAUGCGGAGAAUUUACUUAGGUAUAGAGAUGAUAGAAUUGCUCUGAUACAGGAAGGCGAGGAUUCAGAAUGUGAAAGCUAUACUUUCAGACAGAUAUACGAACAGUCUAAAUUAUAUGCUGCUGCGUUCCGCAAAUUUGGAUUAAAGAAAGGAGACAUAGUUGCCUGUUAUAUGUCAAAUCGAAAAGAAGCUAUUUUUACAAUGCAUGCUGCCACAAGCAUCGGGGCAAUAUGGACUGGAGCUUUGCCACUGUUGGGAAGUGACGCUAUUGUGAAUCGAUUUAAACAAGUUAAGCCUAGAGUUCUUCUGACUGUAGAUAGGUUUGUUCAUGGCGGUGAAGAGGUUAAUAUGCUACAGAAAGUAGAAAAUGCAGUUCAAAAUUUGCCAUCCUUAGAAAAAGUUCUUAUUGUAGCCUCGAAGUCAGAUUCUUACUCCAAAGACAUCAGUGGUAUUAAAAGCAGUUGUUUUCUGGAAGAAUUUUUGAAAUUGGGUGUUGAAGAAGAUGGUUCUGUCCCUGAAAUGCAGUUCGAGCAGGUCUCCUUCUCCCAUCCGGUUAUAAUCAGUUAUACUUCUGGAACCACUGGAUUACCUAAGCCCAUCGUACAUGGAAGCGGUAUUUUGAUGUCAGUUUCCAGCAGUUUUGGAGUAACCAUCGACACUGACAGAGACUCAGUUUGGAUGUCUGUAUCACCGGUGGGAUGGGCAUCAUGGUCAAUGUACACCACUCUCCAAUUCUUGGGACAGAAAAUUGUCCUCUAUGAAGGAAACUUUUAUUAUUUAACCCCCACCUAUGUUUGGAACUUGGUGGAUAAGCAUAAGAUUUCUCACAUUCUCUUUCCCUCUAGUGUGGUGGAUGAAUUAGAGAAAAGAAAAUACCUUCCAACCGAGAAGCAUGAUCUUUCUUCACUGAAAUAUCUAAUGGCUGGUGGAAGCGUUGUCAAACGCGGAAGUUUCGAUUUUAUGAAUAAGAUACUACCACAUGUUUUAUUUUCUGGUGCUUAUGGUUGCACUGAAGUAAUGGGGUGUUGCCUUGUAACAGAAAUGACGCUACCUGUUUAUAAAGCAGAAAUUAAUGCGUCCUGUAUAGGAACUGCUGUAGAAAUAGUCGAUGAAUCAGGUAAUCCAGUCAUUGGUGAAGUUGGUGAAGUCGUCCUUUCCAAACCUAUUCCUGGUCUUGCUCUUGGAUUGUGGGGUGACACAGAUGGUUCAGCGUUUCGUGAGAAAUAUUUCUCGAAAUAUAAAGGAAUAUUCGCCAUGGGUGAUUAUGGAAUAAUCAAUCCUCUUACCAAAGGCUGGAUUAUCUGCUGUAGAAGCGAUGAGACAUUGAAGCAAAGAGGAUGCCGUUUUGGUAGCUCAGAAAUUUACAAUAUUGUCGAAAAAUUUCCGGAGGUUCGGAACAGUCUCUGUGUUUCCCAUUACAACAAGGACAUGGAUGAGAAAGCUGUUCUGUUUCUAAAAAUUAAAGAAGGUUACAGUUACAGUGAAGAAUUAGUUAACAGAAUAAGAAAAGCUAUAGCAGGAGAAUUAACAGUUCGCCAUGUGCCUGAUAUCAUAAUCGAAACGCCAGAUAUACCGUACAACCUUAAUGGAAAGAAAAUGGAAAUAAUUGUAAAGAAAAUCAUCAAUAAAAUGAAUUUUAGUUAUGAAUCCAUUGCAAACCCUGAGUCCUUGCAAUACUAUUGUAAUGUGCCAGCACUGCACGAAUGUUAGUUCACUGUACAAGAUAAAACACUGAAUAAAUUUUACUCC